GCGGCCCCCAGAGAGAGCCGGGAACACCCCCUCAGAGGCGAGGUGCCACGGGCUGAGAAAGCCAGGCCCGCAGGACUCCCGUUAGUGCUUCAUUCUUAACGAUGCCCCCCCGAGUCCGGGCCCAGGCCCCCCAGAACCUGGCGAGUCUCCCAAGCAGGCACCAGCAUCGUGACCUUUCAGCCUAGAGGGAAGAGCACUGGGCUCCCCGGGGCUCGCAUAUGCCAAGCGUGGUCCCCAGGCCUCCAGCCACACCUGCCUGGGAGCACGGAGCUGGCAGGUAGGGGUCAUGCUGGGCGGGAGCCCACCCCGUGUCUGGGUCUCUCCGCCCGUCCUCCACCCUGCUCCCCUCAGCACCUGGCCCGUCACCUGCCGGGGCCAGGACCCUGGGUUGGGGCAGGGUCGCAGCCCAUCCCCACCCCCAGGAUCACCCUGCUGGCUCACGGGACCGACGCGUGUGCGCUCAGCUUGGGGUGGGCAACUAGGAUUUGAGAGGAUUUUAAUAUAAGGUCCAUGAAAAUUCCUCUGAAAUCAAUUUUCUUGCUCCCAUUUCUGUGCCUGGAGCCCUCAACAGCCAUGAUCCCCUUUAAAAAUGAGUAAACUACACCACCCAGUCCUCCAUGUGCCUCCUGUCAGGGAGAUGUUUGAUGCGAGUUGUCUGAUUCUGCUGGAAGCGAAGGCAAAACCUGGCCGGUUGUCUCUUUAAAUCGGCUCUGCAGUGUGCCGGGCGGCCGGCCGGCUGGGAAGAACCAUUCCCGCCUGCCGCAGGGAGCCGGCCCCGGCACCGCCGCCAUCCGCACUCCCCCAUCCCCAUGGUUACGGCUCCUGCUUCCCGGCCGGUCCUCGUCUCCCGGCUGUCGCCCGCCCUCCAAGCAGGCGCAGAGGCGCUGGCAGUCCCCAGGCUGAGUUCUGGAAGCCGCCUGCUGAGAAGCACCGAUUGUCUGCGGUCCGGCUCUGACUCAUCCCCUGGUGCGGGGCCCGCGGCACGGGUUCCGCUGCGGUCCUGCAAUCUGUUGAUAAGUCCACUCGCCGGCUCCUGCCUGCCGCCCCUCGGCAUGGAAAACCGUCUCCGGGCACGGAGGUCGCGCUGCAGCAGGUCGGCUCCAAGGAGAGCGGCGGGGCCCCCACAGCAGCUUUUGCCAAAAUAGAUGGGGACAGCCUCUUGACCCUCACCUGCCCUGCCAUCGCCCUGAGACACCUUGCCCGGGGCUCGACCCCACAGCCUCUGUGUGGGACCUUGACCUUCGGGACGGCCAUGGAGGCCGGCGGGGAAGAAGGUGCCACAUAAUCGGCUCGGCGGCAGCCCCACUCCGUCCGGCACGCACGCUGCAGGAGCUUGGCAGGGCUCAUGGAUCUGAAGACUGUCCUCUCCCUGCCCCAAUACCCAGGGGACGUCCUGCACCCCGUGGUGUACGCCUGCACAGCCGUCAUGCUGCUCUGUCUCCUGGCCUGCGUCGUCACCUACGUCGUGCACCGGAACGCCAUCCGGAUCAGCCGGAAAGGCCGGCACACGCUCCUGAAUUUCUGCUUCCACGCGGCUCUGACCUUCACGGUGUUUGCGGGCGGCGUCAACCGCAGCAAGUACCCAGUCCUGUGCCAGGCGGCGGGCCUCCUGCUGCACUACGCCACGCUGGCCAGCAUGCUGUGGAUCGGGGUGGCCGCCGGGAGCAUCUACGAGCAGGUGACCAGGAAAGCGCCCCCGUGCCCGGCCGCAGACCAGCCGCCGUACCCCAAGCAGCCCCUGCUCAGGUCCUACCUCAUCGGCGGAGGGGUUCCCUUCAUCAUCUGCGGGGUCACGGCCACCACAAACAUCGGGAAUUACGGCGUGGACGAUGAGGACGUGCCCUACUGCUGGAUGGCCUGGGAGCCCAGCCUGGGUGCGUUCUACGGGCCGGCGGCCUUCAUCACCCUGGUCACCUGCGUCUACUUCCUGGGCACCUACAUCCAGCUGCGGCGGCACCCGGAGCGCAGGUACGAGCUCAGGCUAUGGACGGAGGAGCAGCGGCGGCUGGCGGGGCCCGAGGCCGGCCACCACCCCGGGGCCCGGCCCGGCCCGCUGCCCGCCUGCGACGGCCUGGCCGCCUCCCUGCUGCAGAACGAGCACUCGCUCAAGGCCCAGCUGCGGGCCGCGGCUUUCACGCUCUUCCUGUUCACGGCCACCUGGGCCUUCGGGGCGCUGGCCGUGUCUCAGGGUCACUUCCUGGACAUGGUCUUCAGCUGCCUGUACGGCGCCUUCUGCGUGACCCUGGGGCUCUUCGUCCUCAUCCACCACUGUGCCAAGCGGGACGACGUGUGGCACUGCUGGUGGUCUUGCUGCCCCCGCCGUGGGGACGCACACGCCACGCAGCUGGCCGCCCACCCCGCACUUGACACCAACGGGGAUGCGAUGGGCCACGUGGCCUGCCUGCAGGACUCGCCGUGUCCAGGCAAGCCACGGGGCUUCAGCCAUCCGCCCACCAGCCACUGCAAGAUGACCAACCUGCAGGCCGCCCAGAGCCGCGUCAACUGCCUGUCACCAGCCCCGCCGUGCUGUGGCAAGACACACUGCGAGCAGCGGGUGGAGGACACGGCCCACGUCCACGUGCAUGAGGAGGACGCCUUUGGACACCUGCACAGGGGCCUCCAGGCCAGAACUAAGCCCCCCUACUUCAGUCGGCACCGGACGUCCCUGGAGGAGCCAGAGUACGCCUACCACAUCCCAGCCAGCCUGGACGGCAGCCUCCGCAGCUCACGCACAGACAGCCCCCCCAGCUCGCUCGAGGGCCCGCUGGGGGCACACACGCUGGCCUGCUGCACCCAGGGCGACCCCUUCUCCCUGGUCAGCCGGCCCGAGGGCAGCGACAGCAGCCCGGUGCUCUACGGCUGCCCCCUGAGGCCAGGCAGGGAGUCGGCCUCCGGCCCCGUGCACUUCGAGAUGCUCCGGAGGACACAGUCCCUGCCCUUCGGUGGCCCCGGGCAAAACGGGCUGCUCAAGGGAGAUCUGUGUGAAGUCCUAUCCUUCAGUGCCAAUGGCAUCGGCAACAUCAGGACAGGGCCGUGGAGGAAUGAGACUGCUGUGUAGCCGGCCUGACGCCACCGAACCCUGGCAGACGCACGCGGCGCAGAGCAGGGUCCCGCACGGGAGGCCAGCAGGGGCGUGCUUCUCAGACGCGGCCAGCACCCCCACGGACCCUUCGCUGCGGAAGACCUGAGUGGGAAGAUGCUUUGGGCCACGUCUGCUUCUGCUAAUCCUAAGGUCAGACGGGCGUCCAUGUCCCAGACUCCGGCUUUCUGACCCUAUAGUCCACAGUCCCCCGGGCAGCCCAGAAACGGAGCAGGUGUUCUAUCAGGAAAAUACCCUCCGUGCCCGGCGUGGGCCAUAGGGAGCUCUGGGGUGAGUCCCAUCUGCCCCACCAGCCUGGCCACAGCAGGAGGUACCCCCACUUUUUCUAGUGUCUAGUGUGUGUCUCAUUAUGUUUUACUCCAAGGCACAGGCGCGCUGCCUGUCUGGACCUGGGCCGCCACCCCAGCCCCUCUGCCGGCCCAUGUCACUACCGCCACCUUCAGCGGCCGCCCUGGGUGCGGCCCCCACAGGACUGAGAGCCUCAUGGACACUCGGGCUUGUGACCCAACCCAGGCGCACGUGAGAAGAAGGGGCAGCCUGUGACCGUCCUCCAGGGGGCCAGCCGGGGUCUUUGAGGGGCUCUGAGCCUUCAGAAAUGCCCAAAUGUCCGUCAGCAGACUUGAGUGUCAAAGCCAGCCACUGUCAGGACCUUAGCCUGCCCCACCAAGGUCAUUUGGGCUCUAACAUUCCCAGCCCUGAGAAGAGAAGGGCUGGCGUUUCCAGGAGCAUCUGGGCUUGAAGGUCCGACUCAGAUGACAGUGGUCCAUCAGAGUGAGCUGUGUAUGGAGCCAGGGGCCCUUUGCAGAGGCAGGGGCCCGGGGUCCCCAGAGGCAGAGCCCGGACCCCUGAGAACACGUGUGCAGGACCACCCAGCCAUUCCUCCCUCCCUCCUCCCAGACCCAUGGCACACACGCCCACACGCACGCGCACACAACACACGUACAUACGUGUGCACACGUCUCCAUGCUUGUACGUGUGCGCGCGUCGUAUGCUCUCCACACCCACCGCACGUGCGCCACAUGUGCACACACACAGUCGGUGUUUUCCAGACACUCGAGUGCCCGUCUCACUGCCCUGCACCAAUGUCGUCGCUGUGAGACCUCGGCGCGCUCUGCUGUCUGCAGGACGGCCUCACCAGGACAGAGCCUCCUGAGUGCACGCCUGGGGGUGUCAGGUGUCGGGUGUCCCAGGGCCAACGCUCAGUAUCUGAGCAUGAGGAGCCUCGCUUCCCGGGAUUCUUGUAAACCUGGCGAUGUCCCAAGCCCCCACCAGCCCCGCGUGUCCUCACAGGUCAACCAGACAGGCAACCAGACGACUGCCAGGCAGUUUCUGUCUCUGUGCAGCCUGUCCGCCUGCUUCCGUAGCCAGUAGGAGCCAGAGACCCGACGCCGUGCCGUGUGCACCUGCAGAGCCGUCACAAAAUACAG